AUGGUCUUUGACCUGGUAUCGUCGCUUAUGCGCAUGCCAUACGUACCCCCAUCCUUCUUCGCACGCUUCUUACUCCACCAAUUUCUCCCCAUUCCUAUCCCUGAUACGGACUACACCAACAAGACCGUCAUUGUCACCGGAGGCAAUGGCGGCCUUGGUCUCGAGGCUGUCCGCCACUUCGCCCGGCUCGGAGCGAGAGUGAUUAUUGCCUGCCGCAACGCUGACAGCGGUCAGCAAGCCAGAAAUGACAUCCAGCGCGCCAAUUACCCUGGCACAGUUGAGGUAUGGCCGCUUGAUCUCUGCUCUUUUGACAGCGUCAAGUCCUUCUGCGUCAAGGCCAACACGGUAUUGGACAGACUGGAUGUUCUCCUGCUCAAUGCAGGCAUCAUGGCCAAGGAGCUACAGACGCCCGAAGAAGGUGGUGGUUAUGAGAGUACAAUCUUGACCAAUGUCAUCUCGACUUUUUUGGUGGCAUUUAUGUUGAUGCCGUUGCUGAAGCAGACGGCCGAGCAGCAAGCGGACAAGGCUGUGGUGACAGUCGUUUCCAGUGAGGCUCACUUUUUGACUACAUUCAAGGAGCGCCUUGAGCCCAACAUAUUUGGAUGCUUCCGAAAUGGCGACUUUGAUCCGUAUGAGAACUAUAGCACUAGUAAGCUCCUCGACCUUUUGCUGGCUCGAGAGCUCGCCAACAGACUGGACGCCUCUUCUCCAGCGGGGAACAGCAAGGUUAUUGUCAACAGUGUCAACCCAGGGUUGUGCAGGUCUGGAUUGUUUAGCAAGGUCCCUCUCAUCGUCAACCUCUUCAUUGGAUUCCUCUCGCUCAUCUUUGCACGAUCGUCAGAGCAAGGAUCGAGAACAUUGCUGGCUGCUGCCGCUGGAGGACGAGAGACCCAUGGCAAGUAUAUGGAUGCCGCCAAGGUGGCUCAGCCCAGUUCGUUUGUGAUGUCAGAUGAGGGCAAGAGAGCCCAGAAACGGGUCUGGGAAGAGUUGGUCAACAUUCUGGACGGUGUUGAGAAGGGGGUCAGUAAGAAUAUCUGA